GAACUGUCAACUAUCCGCGUGUCGUCCAUGUUCCGAAUGUGGUGGACUUAUUUUUGUUUUGUAUUAAUUUUCAGUACAGUUAUUAUAAAUGUGAAAUGAUACAAAAUGUGUUAUCAUUUAUAGUGUAUCAUUGCUUUGGCUGAAUGGAUCCCUACGUCGGGUGGUAUCAGCCCGAGCAAGAAGGACCCGCGAAGCGCUUGUGGCUUCGUAUCUGGGAAACUCAAAGUGAAACCGACAAAAUGAACCUCAAAAACUUAGAAAAUGCUAAUCCUAACGUGAAUAAAACACCAGACUUUAUACCCUUAAACGAGGUGAACGGUGAAAAUAGGAAUAAUAAUUACUUUAACCCUACACGAAGGAAAGUGAACGACAAUCGUGCUUCUACGUUUAACCUGAACCAAAAUCACGAUGCUCUCAUAGGUGAAUACGGUGGCUGUCCUUGGAGAAUACCCAACUAUAAUUACAAGCCUGGAGUUCUGGGUCUGCACGAGGAGAUCGAGCACUUCUACAUGUACAUGUCCCCGUCUGAGACUGAACACCUGGUCAGAACCACUGUCGUGACACGUAUCAGGAGCGCCAUCCUGUCCCUGUGGCCCCAGGCACGCGUCGAGGUCUUCGGGAGCUUCCGGACUGGCCUCUAUCUGCCGACCAGUGACAUCGACCUCGUGGUUAUAGGUCAAUGGGAGAAGCUGCCUCUGUGGACCUUGGAGCGAGAGCUGGUAGCCCAGGACAUCGCGGAGCAAGACAGCAUUAAAGUAUUGGAAAAGGCGACCGUUCCUAUUGUCAAGAUGACCGACAAGUACUCCGACGUUAAGGUGGACAUUUCUUUCAACAUGAGCAGUGGCGUCAAGAGUGCGGAGCUGAUCAAACAGUUCAAGGAGCAAUAUCCAGAACUGUCGAGGCUGGUGAUGGUGUUGAAGCAGUUCCUGCUGCAGCGCGACCUGAACGAGGUGUUCACCGGAGGCAUCUCCUCCUACUCCCUCAUCCUCAUGUGCAUCAGCUUCCUGCAGCUACACCCGCGGCCGGAGAGACUCCGCCAGAGACACAACCUCGGAGUGUUACUGAUCGAGUUCUUUGAAUUGUACGGAAGGAAAUUCAAUUAUGUGAAGACAGCCAUCAGGGUCAAGAACGGAGGCUCAUAUGUAUCUAAGGACGAGAUCUCAAAGGAGAUGAACGACGGCCAUAGACCCUCGCUCCUGUGCAUCGAGGACCCGCUGACGCCCGGCAACGACAUCGGCCGGUCCAGCUACGGAGCCAUACAAGUUAAACAGGCGUUCGACUACGGCUACAUAAUUCUCCAGCAGGCCGUGGCGCCGCACAACGCGUUACUCGCCCGUCACAGCGUUCUAGGUCGUGUCGUGCGCGUCACGGAUCACGUGUUACAAUAUAGACGCUGGGUGAGAGACACCUUCGAGCCGUUCUUCUUCCCGCACCGCGUGAGGCCGAGGCGGGUAGGGAACACCCGCUCGCCCACCCCCGACCCCACACCCACACCGACGCCCACGCCCUCCGACACUGAUCCUGAGUGGUCGGACGGUUCGGGUCCGUCAGGCCCGGCCCGCACGUCGCCGCCGCCGCUGUCGGCUCUGCAGUGCUCGUCGCCCACCCCGCGCAGGGUGUCCGCGCACCAGUCCCUCAUAAUACACCACAUAACAAGCAACUCGGAUUUCAACAACAUACCAUCGGACCCGCUUGCAGGGGUGCUCCGCCCCCGGCCGCGGCCCCGCCGUCGCGCGUCGCCCCCCCGCGGCCGAGCCCAACGCAACGACCGCUCCGACAGACAGGACCGGAACGACAGACCCGACCGCCACCGCAAGAGGCGCGGCUACACCCGAUGAUACGCGCCUCGCGGCGGUCGGGUGGCUAGUGCGGAGUAAAGUGUCUGUGGCGAACAGUUGACGAGCGACGCGCGCGCGGGUCGGAGUGGAAAAUGAUGGCAGUAACGGACUUAGAUCGGUACAAAGCUAGUUUUCUCCGCCGAUGUCGUCACUUCCGGUUCAAUUAUGUCAAAUCUGCUGCUAAUACUACGUAACGUGUGAUUAUUUCCCAUUCUGCCCGACGCGUGACGCGACUCGUGUCGUGAUUAGCUUAAUAAUGUAUUGUAGCCGUAUUGUACAUGUGAUAGCUCAAUUUAUGAUGGUCUACGACGGUUUUGUGACGGAUUUCAAAUUAACAUAAUAAUGUAUGCUAUAUGUGUGGGCUGUCAGCGAAAUGUGUGCCGCUGUGGUGGUCACGGGCGAUUGUUAAGUUUGCAUUGUGUGAUCGAAGAGCAAGAUCUUAAUUGAACAUGAAAUUGUACUGUGACGCUGACCUGCGACGGUUGCAUGGCUAGGUUAAGCGACUGACAAGCGGCUGACCGAUUGUCGACUCGAAUUGUUUGCGCUUAAGGUUCGAAAUCGGUCGGCGGCGGCAUAAAACUGUUCCUUGUAGCGUAAGUCACGUUUCAACACCAAUAUAUAACUAGCAAGCAUUGAGCUAACUUGAAAUGUUACGGUGUAGCUGUGUAGGUUUUAUGUUGUUAUGACUGACGCGUCCCCCGCGCUCGCCACGAGUGCUCAUCAAACUAAAUACAGGUAGUAUCAAGUUUUCCAUCUAUGAAACAACGUUGAUACUGUACGUGCGGAGUUUUACGAGUGGAGAACUAGAUACUGUCAGUAUUAAUUUUGAUCCGCACACGUGGCAGGUGUACUUAUAACACCAUACAAAAUGCAUAUUUAAAACUCAACAAUGUUUCUGGUUAGAUCAGCUGUAUAUUUUCGGCAUUUCCUCAACACGGACGGUUGUGUUAGUGCUGUAGCUCGUCUAAGCGUGCACUGUUUAAAAUAUUCAUUGUAGCGUAAGCAUUUGUAGUUAAAAUAUAUAUUUUUACAUUAUGGAGCGGUAUAGUCUCGUUGGGUGCGAGUGGUCGGCGAGCCGGAUCCCUGGACGCGUUAACGAUGUACUCUAAGUGUAGCGUAUCCACGUUAUGUCAAACGAUACCUUGACGAUGAUGUAAUUUUAGCUUAAUAAAUUAAAAUGAUUAACUGUCGGUAUCCAACUAUGAGUUUUUCUGGUUAACGUAAACUAUGUGAAUCGCGUUUAUUUAUAUAACAUCAGAACGUGGCGACGUUGAUUGUCUAUGUUAACUGUGAAACUCAUAGUAGGGGUGAGAACUUUGGUCGGACUGUAGUGAAUGCGAACGCAAUAAAAACUGCCAACGGCUAAAUUUAGUGAAAGAUGUUAAAUGAUUUCUAUAAAAAAAAAUUAAAUUAAAUACUUAUAUACAUAUAUAUAUUUUGAAAUGUCACAUAGGUUUUUAAUGUAUUAACAUAAGUCGUUGAAGAGAAUUAAUUAACACUAGACGGUAAUGUGUAAUGCAAGUUUAAUUUAACCGACUGUCUUUUUUUUAAGACAAUAAUAACUGUUUUAUAUACUUUUUGCUAAACUGAAAAUGUAUAAAAAAAAAAAUAUUAAGUUGAACUCGUAAAGAAUGUUUAAAAUCCAAAUGUUUAUAGCUUAUGAUUUAAAUAAUAUAUUUCUUAGAUGGAAUUGUUUGAAAAAGUUUUUUGGAAAACCUAGAUUAUUAUUAUUUUUCUUUCCCUUUUUGUAUUUUAUAAAGUUUUGUGUAGUCUAGUGACUGUUGGUGUAUAUAACGGUGUACAUAAUGUACAGAGCAUGUAAAUACACUCGAGAUAUAUUUAAUAAUAAUAUAAAGUUUGAUUUAAAAGAAGUUUUAAAAUAAAUGAAAAAAAAAAAACAAAAAAAAAGAUAAAAUAAAUAAAUACAUACAGUGAGUAUGAAGUGGAAAACAA